CACUGAGGUCACCGAUGCAGUCCCCCUGUAUCUGUGAAUGGUUUCGCCCGAUGACGUCACCCAUGUAUUGGCCAUGUUGGCCAUGUUGCAGACGUACCGAGGAAGAAAAGAGCUGUUUCCAUACUAUAAACUUUAGGAAUUUGUCAACUUUUCAGAUCUAAUGAUUAGAAACACUUCUGCUACAAGGAAGGACACCAGCAAGGCUUGAAGAUGACGACAACUCCUGAAAAAGCUGACAAGAAGGACAAGGAGUCUGGACUCCUGAGGAAGGGGUCCUCCUCCAAGAAACCACUCAAGGAGAAGGUGGUACAGAUCUACGAGUCUUUCUUCAAGGGAGAAGACCCUUCUCUUGGAAACCCUAACUUCUGGGAUGAAUUUUUCUUAAUGAAGGCAAAUGUUGCAUACAUAGAGAAGGCGUUCUCAAAAAUGACCCCAGAGCAACUUGUGGCAUUAAAGGACAACAUCAACUUACUCUGCCACAGAUGCAUUUUAACCUUGAAAGAAGACUACCAGAUCAGGGUGGUCAAUGCCCUACAGACCAUGUGUGCGCUGAUCCGUGGUGUGUAUGGUAAGAGUCUGGGGGACUACGGCUUUGACAUCAUCAACAUUCUAGUCGGGUUUGAUGCUGCAGAGGUUCAGAUGCAGAGACUGAUAGAAAGUGUUCACUCUAUCCUGACUGGAGACAACCCUGCUGGUCUGAAGACUCUGUCCCUCAAGUUACUCCUUAUACUGGUCACUGCAACAGAUAAUGUGAGCCAGAACACCAUACUGGAGUACAUCAUGAUCAACAGUGUAUUUGAGUCAGUUGUACAGAUAUUAGCAAACCCAAUGUCCAGGCAAGUCCAUGGACAUGAUGCUCUAUUGCUGCUAACAAUACUGGUCAACUAUAGAAAGUAUGAGUCAGUCAACCCAUACAUUGUAAAGCUGUCUAUUCUGGACGACGAACUAGCAUUAAACGGUCUUGGAUGGGUGAUAUCAUCGGCCCUGACAGAGUUCAACAGAAAAUACAAAGAAAAGAAGGAAGAACCACAGAGUGGGUGGUUAUCCUCCAUAACGAGUAUGGUUGGCAAUAUCUUUGUUGGGGAUUCAGACAGUGUCAGUGCAAAAGUUAGAACAAAUGACUCCAUUCUCCUUGCUCUGUAUGAAGCGGUUCACCUCAACAGGAAUUUCAUCACCGUUCUCACAACGAGUCAUACGGAGACAUCCUCUGGACCGUCCUCUCCGACAACAACUCGAGCCGUGGAGGGAACUAGAGAAGAUGAGCUGGGGCCACAGGCUGACCAGCAAGGUGGUGAGGCGGUGCAAGGUCCACUACCGUCCACCCCUCCUCCGGACUCCAGCCAGACCACCAACCACAUGGUCACUUUCCUCCAGUACUGCUCUAUUGUUAUGCAAGAUAUCAAAGAUGAACAAAGACUAUGCAGUUUUAAGCUCUGUCUGGUCAUUCUUACAUGUAUAGCUGAGGAUCAAUAUGCAAAUUCAUUUCUACAUGAUGCCAAUAUGAACUUUGUUGUGCAUCUGUAUAGAAUGCCUAUGAGACACAGAAAGAUUGCUGUACCAAACACCUCUUCAAGGCCUCUGGCGUGUGCAUGGUUAGACUUGACAGUUGAAUUUAUAGUGACCCACAUGAUGAAGGACUUCCCUAUGGAACUGUACAUGAGGUGCCUUGGGAUUGUCCAUAGACUGCUGUGUUACCAGAAGAAGUGCAGGGUGAGGUUACAGUAUACAUGGAAAGAUCUGUGGACAGCACUUAUCAAUUUGGUGAAGUUCAUGAUCGCCCAGGAGGCUCACCUGGCCAGCAGACAUAACAUCUUCUACCUAGCCAUAAAGGUAGUGAAUCUGUUCAACCUGUUCAUCACCUAUGGGGAUACGUUCCUGCCCUCCCCCACCAGCUAUGACGAGCUGUACUAUGAAGUCAUCCGCAUGCACACUGUCUUUGACAACCUCUACUCCAUGGCACUGAGACACGCUACUAACCAUGGGGAACACAAAGACUCGGCUACAAGACUGACCAAUGCACUUGUCAACAUUAGAGCAAUAGUAAACCAUUUUACACCCAAGAUUGACUCUUGGUCAGCAGCAAAUCAUCUGUCCUCCCUGACAGAAGAUCAAGUUCUGGAGGUUGUGCGGAGUAACUACGACACGUUGACCCUGAAACUGCAGGAAAGUCUGGACCAGUAUGAGAGAUAUGCAGAGAAACCUAAGGAGUCUGCCUUCUUCACACAGUUGGUUCGAUCGAUCAUCUCCGACUUCAGAAAGUCAAUCAGUGUCGCCACCUUGCAGCAGGAGACUGUACUGCAGGAGUUCUCACACAUACACUGAUUUAAUAGUUAAGUUCAAUGGUUCUGUUCCGGCAAUGAGUAUCAUUGUUGCAGCCAAAAUUACAAAACAUUUAGUAUUAGUUACUAUUACUAAAAAUUUCAAAGCUGAGACUGCACAUUUAUUCCACCAGUCAUAAAUGGUUUAUAGGUGGCUUUUAUGGCAAUUUGGCAAUUUCAAGAAAUGUGAUAAGAUGUAACCGUUGAAGAUUUUCUCCUCGCUUUAGUCAUAUUAUACUUCAUGCUUUUCAGUAGUGGGAUAACUGAUAUUCUAUCUAAUCCAAAAAAAGGUCACCUGUAUGCAAUUUGUGUAUAAUAUUUGCAGCCCUUUGUGCAUUUCUUCUGAACUUACACAAUAUGUAAAUCCCAAGCAUGAAGGGAUUUAAGCACAUGUAAUGAAGAUACAACUCUCUCAUGGAUUGAAGGCCAAGAUAGAUGAAAUUGCAUGUUUUGUUUCUUGAUUGGUUUUACCUAAAUGAAGAAAUAUUGUUUUGCUACUAUGCAAAAUUUAUAAUAUUAGACUUCAUAUUGGAUACUUGGAUACUUAUACAUAUUGAUACCCCAGUAUGGCACUGGUAUCCCUACAUGUGUUAAAACUACAUAGUACAUGUAAAUUCAUUAUUGAUGGUGUCAUGAGCACAUAGCUUAAGAUUUUAUUGUUUUCUUUCAUUUCCUUCUUGAAUUAUGAUCUAACAAAUCCAAUGCAACUCCUCUGUAGUGAUUACUACUAGCUGUCGUAUGUGCAACUAACUCAGCAUAAGGAUAGUAUAAGUGUAAAACGCCAGGAAAAGAAAUAUGCACUUAACUUUUAGCUUGCUGACUUGUUUUUUUGUCCUUGGUUGUGGUAAAAGUAAAAGAUUUGAUGGACCUCUAUCAUAUCUUCACUCUGUUGCCAUGGCAAUGGUAAAAAGUAGCUGAAUAUAAACCUAUGUCACAAACAGAAUGGAUUCUUCAAGAAUUUUUCUUGACUCGAGUAUUGUCUGGACAUUACCAGUACUUUAUUUUGUGUUUUGUUACUAUAAUGUGCAUAUCAUGGCCAGUAAGAGUGACCAGUAUCAUGAGCAACAGUGGAAUAUUUUGUGCAAUGCAUGGACCUUACUAAAUUCAACAUCUCUUCCAAUAUGUAGCUUUGAUUGAUUUGAAUAGAAUGCCAUAGAAACCCAAUAUUUACAGGUAUUAAUUGAAUAAAAAGAUUUGUGGUUAUUGAUGAUGGAAGGUAGAAAAAAUACUGUACACAUUACAUCUAACUCCUUGUUAAAACUCUUGUUGUUUAUAAAUAUUGUAAUAAAUGUGCUGAAUACAAUUGUGGUGAUCAAUUUGUUUGAACAUGUAUUUCCUGUAUAUGAGGUACAUGCAUGCUCUUUUAAAAUUCUGCUUUGACCAGAAACAUGUUUGAAGAUUGACAUAGUUUACAGCAAAACCUCUUGAUUUAAGGUAAUGUAAGAGAAUUUGUCUGUCACCAUUGAUUGACACCAUACUUAACUGCUAUAAAUGUAUGAUACGUACUUGGAAAAUAAAUGAUUGUUUCUUUUA